AUGCAUCCUAAGAGGCGUGCACUUGCACCUGGAAGUGCUGCUUCUGAAAGCUUAGUCUCGUUCAACCAAGCGGGCCAGGCUCCGUCUUCGGACGGGACCAUGGCGGUAGAUGUUGGCAACCCGCUCAUUGAGCUUAGACUAGGCACCAGGAUGGCCAUUCAAACGGAUGCAGUCGAGGAGGUCACUUCUUCCUUUCGUGAAGAAACAGCCGAGAAUUACUACAUCGCCAACUUGCGCAACAUUGCUAGGAGGAGCAAUGAAAUUUCAGCCGUUUUCCGCGCCCGGCACUCACUCUUCGGGGACGCCGUGGUCAAGGUCGUCACCAAGUUAACCGAGCCUUCCUCGAUCCCGAGAAUAGCUCGCAACUGGGUAAAUGAAGAACGCGUCAUACGCACUGUUGACCAUCCGGCAAAUCAUCAAGUUUUUACGGAUCAGACGCCCGACUACAUUCCAUAUUGUAUGGACUACCUGCCCUAUCCCGAUCUCGCCGCGUCCACGUGGAUCGACAGUGGGAGCUACUUCGCCGGCACUCUCGACCAUGCCACCCGUGUCUUUCGCCAAAUGGCGUCGGCGCUUGAUUACCUUCACGGCAAGAAGAUCCUCCACAAUGACAUCAAAGCCCGCAAACAUCCUCUACAACCGUGA